UUCCUCGAUCGACAACGAGCGAGGCGAAGGCGUUCGUUCGAUCGCUUGGUCAGGUUCACGUCAUCUUUUUAUCUUCCAAUGUCUGAUUUUUGUAUCCCACAUGCUUAGGGGUAACCGAAACAAGAAAAAAUCAAAGAAUCCUAGAACGAGAAGAAAAGUGCGAGUGAGAUUGGCAGUAUUAAAUGUAAACUAGAAAGUGUGUGAAUUGAGUUGAAGUGUUCGAAGUCCGGUUCAAUCUGGUAAAAGUCGGUUCAAGAGUUCGACACCCUUUCUUUAUUUUAACUUAGUGGUGUUUAACAUACUUUUUGUCCAUUAUUCGGCAAUAUUUUAGUGUUAAUAGUAGUUACAUAAACGGCAAAGAUGUCUGAAGAAUCGUCCGCUGACCGUAACGUAGAAAUAUGGAAGAUCAAAAAGCUGAUCAAGAGCUUGGAAAUGGCUAGAGGUAAUGGUACAUCAAUGAUAUCUCUUAUCAUACCACCAAAGGAUCAGAUCUCCCGGGUGUCGAAGAUGUUGGCUGAUGAGUUUGGUACAGCUUCAAACAUAAAAUCCCGUGUCAAUCGGCUCUCUGUACUUGGAGCUAUCACCUCUGUACAGCAUCGUCUGAAGCUAUAUACUAAAGUACCACCAAACGGCCUGGUUAUAUACUGUGGUACAAUAGUAACAGAAGAGGGAAAAGAAAAGAAAGUGAACAUUGACUUUGAACCUUUCAAACCAAUCAAUACAUCUCUCUAUUUGUGUGACAAUAAGUUUCAUACAGAAGCUUUAACAGCGCUACUCGCUGAUGAUAAUAAAUUUGGUUUUAUCGUUAUGGAUGGUAAUGGAGCCUUGUUUGGAACACUUCAAGGGAAUACAAGAGAGGUGCUACACAAAUUUACAGUAGAUUUACCGAAGAAGCACGGUCGUGGUGGUCAGUCAGCGUUGCGUUUCGCGCGUCUCCGUAUGGAAAAGAGACACAACUAUGUACGGAAAGUGGCUGAAGUGGCCACACAGUUAUUUAUCAGUCAAGAUAAACCAAAUGUGGCCGGUUUGAUCCUUGCCGGUUCCGCUGACUUCAAGACUGAGCUGUCGCAGUCUGAUAUGUUUGAUCCGCGUCUACAAUCGAAAAUCAUAAAGCUAGUCGACGUAUCCUACGGUGGCGAGAACGGAUUCAACCAAGCGAUCGAAUUGGCCGCGGAGUCGCUGCAGAACGUGAAAUUCAUACAGGAGAAGAAAUUGAUUGGACGGUACUUUGAUGAGAUCUCUCAAGAUACUGGAAAGUAUUGUUUCGGAGUCGAUGAUACGCUUCGUGCUUUGGAGCUGGGUGCAGUCGAGACUCUCAUUUGUUGGGAGAAUCUUGAUAUUCAAAGAUAUGUCCUCAAAUCCCACGCGACCAAUCAAGAAACGAUUCUUCAUUUGACACCGGAACAGGAAAAAGACAAGUCGCACUUCACCGAUAAAGAGAGCGGGGUCGAACUGGAACUGGUGGAAUGUCAGCCUUUGCUUGAGUGGUUGGCGAACAACUACAAGUCUUUUGGAGCUACACUUGAAAUUAUCACGGACAAGAGUCAAGAAGGGAGUCAGUUUGUACGCGGUUUUGGUGGAAUUGGCGGUCUACUCCGCUACAAGGUCGACUUCCAAUCCAUGCAACUGGACGAUGAAGAGAUAGACAAUUUGUAUGAUAUUGAUGAUUAUUAGAUAAUUUGAGGUGGAGAAUAGAUAGAUUGGGCUUAAUAGCGCUUUGUAACACACACACACACACACCUCUAUUACGCUUACUACUACACGGUUCAACACAUAACUUCGCUUUGACUUCGAAACUUUCGACAUUUUUGCUUUUGCAUUUACGAGUCGAAAUUGAAGGAUAUCUUUCUAAAUAUGUUUUAAAAUUUAGUAUUAUUAUAGUAAUUGAAUAAAUGUGUACAGUAAAAUGUUUUUUUUUUUCGUUUUUGUUCAAAAUAAACUAAAAUAUACAUUUUCGGACAAAGAAGGACCAUUUUUUCGUAGAGUCGUGUUUGAGCCGCUAACCAGUAAUUUAUCCAAGCUGUCUAUUCUCUAUGUUUUUUUUAUGUCACAUCCCUAGCUGUUAGUGCUGUACCGAGUGAAAAUAAUUGAGAAUUUCAAAUAUUGUUACGAUUUUAGGGAAUUUUUUUAAUACUGUAUUAUGGAUCAGAAAAAUAUUGACACAAUGUCAUAUGACCAACUAAACGGCUGGACCGAUUUUGUUGAAAUUUGUGAGUUGAAGUUGCUGUGUAAACUAGAUAUCCACAUUCAAUCCAAUUUCGAUGUAAUUUUUUUAUAUUUUAUAAAUGGUACGGCGCUAAAUUUAGUUUUCUGAUAAAAAUUGUUAAUUAUUAUAUACAAAAAAAUGUCUACGCGCUGGCGCAGGACACAACUUUGCGUCUGCUAGGGGUGUGGCAAGAGUGCUAGGGUUGGAAAUCUGUGGAACGAUGACGAUAUAUAACUGUUUCUAAACAAUAAUCGCUUUUUUAAGUGAUACUGAACAUUUAGGUAUUAUAAUAAUUUUAUAUACGAUUCGAACUAGUGCAUUUAGUCGAUUCGAAACCGUCUAGUUUAAAGGGAUUCUAAAACACUUUGGAUCCCUGUAAGACGGAGAACUUAGUAUAAGAUAUAGAUACCGGCAAACUUCUUGAACAUUUUAGGUAUAACCAUGAGAGUGACGUGUCGAUCGCGUGAUUGGUAAAUCAGUUGACGUUUGUGUCCCGCGCUGUGUACGAUUUCGCACUUUCCCCCACUCCCUUGUUUAAUGCUCAAGAAGUUUGCCGGUACCUGUAACGUAUUGAUCACAGUCGAGUCGUUUUGAAUGUGGCUGGUGUCUGUCGUAUUAUUCACAUUUCAUGAAUGAGAAAAUUAUUGCGCUCAAAUAUAAUACCUUGUUGAA